CCCUCCUCCUGUCGCCAUCUUGGUGCCUGUUGUUUCUGUGUUUUCAUGGGGGGGGAGAGUUUGCUUUUUCCGAAUAGUUUGCUUUAAAUAACUUCAUUCUAACCAUUUAUUGAUUAAAAUUGAUAGCUUUUCGCUCCUUCCAUUCGGUGGAAGGAGAGGAAUUUUCCAGUUCCCUAUCGUCUCGUUGAUUUGUCUUUUGUGAGGGAAAAUUACCUGGGAAUCCGAACAUGUACAUUAAACAGGUAAUUAUACAAGGUUUCCGAAGUUACAGGGAUCAAACUGUUGUUGAUCCAUUUAGUCCAAAGCACAAUGUUAUCGUUGGACGAAAUGGAUCUGGGAAAAGUAACUUUUUCUAUGCCAUACAGUUUGUGCUCAGUGAUGAGUUCAGCCACCUUCGCCCAGAGCAGAGGCUGGCUUUGCUGCACGAGGGGACUGGUCCUCGUGUUAUCUCAGCUUUUGUGGAGAUUAUAUUUGACAAUUCUGACAACAGGUUACCAAUCGACAAAGAGGAAGUCUCUCUCCGUCGUGUCAUUGGAGCGAAAAAAGAUCAGUAUUUCUUAGACAAAAAAAUGGUGACGAAAAAUGAUGUCAUGAACCUCUUGGAGAGUGCUGGCUUUUCUCGCAGUAAUCCAUAUUAUAUUGUCAAACAAGGAAAGAUCAAUCAAAUGGCUACAGCUCCAGACUCUCAGCGUUUGAAACUACUGAGGGAAGUGGCAGGGACAAGAGUGUAUGAUGAACGGAAGGAAGAGAGUAUCUCCCUGAUGAAAGAAACUGAGGGAAAAAGAGAGAAAAUUAAUGAGCUGCUGAAAUACAUAGAGGAGAGACUUCACACCCUGGAGGAUGAAAAGGAGGAGCUGGCCCAGUACCAGAAAUGGGACAAAAUGAGAAGAGCCCUCGAAUACACUAUUUAUAACCAGGAGCUAAAUGAGACCCGGGCCAAACUUGAUGAGCUGUCUUCUAAACGAGAGACAUGUGGAGACAAAUCCAGACAAUUGCGUGAUGCUCAGCAGGAUGCUCGAGACAAAGUUGAGGAAACGGAGCGUGUUGUUCGAGAACUCAAAGCCAAAAUCUCUGCCAUGAAAGAAGAAAAGGAGCAGCUUAGUGCUGAAAGACAGGAGCAGAUCAAACAGAGGACCAAACUAGAACUGAAGGCGAAGGAUCUGCAGGAUGAGCUGGCAGGCAACAGUGAGCAGAGGAAACGGUUGCUUAAGGAAAGGCAGAAAUUACUGGAAAAGAUUGAAGAGAAACAGAAGGAGCUUCAAGAAACUGAGCCCAAAUUCAAUGCUGUAAAGGAAAAAGAAGAAAAAGGAAUAGCAAGACUGGCCCAGGCCACGCAGGAGAGGACAGAUUUGUAUGCCAAGCAAGGCCGUGGCAGUCAGUUCACUUCUAAGGAGGAAAGAGACAAAUGGAUUAAGAAAGAGCUGAAGUCCCUUGAUCAGGCCAUCAAUGAUAAGAAGCGUCAGAUUGCAGCCAUUCACAAAGAUCUGGAAGACACAGAGGCCAAUAAAGAGAAGAACCUGGAACAGUACAGUAAACUAGAUCAGGAUCUGAACGAAGUAAAGACUCGUGUGGAGGAGCUAGACAAGAAGUACUAUGAAGUGAAGAACAAAAAAGAUGAGCUUCAGAGUGAAAGAAAUUACCUGUGGAGAGAGGAAAACGCAGAACAGCAGGCAUUGGCUGCGAAAAGGGAGGAUCUGGAGAAGAAACAACAGCUUCUGAGAGCAGCAACUGGGAAGGCUAUUCUGAAUGGGAUUGACAGCAUUAAUAAAGUACUGGAGCACUUCCGCAGAAAAGGCAUCAACCAGCAUGUCAUUAAUGGCUACUAUGGGAUAGUGAUGAAUAACUUUGAGUGUGAGCCUGCGUUCUACACCUGUGUGGAGGUUACUGCUGGGACCAGGUUGUUUUAUCAUAUUGUGGAGACUGAUGAAGUCAGCACCAAAAUCUUGAUGGAGUUCAAUAAAAUGAAUCUGCCUGGAGAAGUGACCUUCCUUCCUCUGAGUAAACUGGAUGUCAGAGAUACAGCAUAUCCAGAGACCAAUGAUGCUAUUCCAAUGAUCAGCAAAUUGCGUUACAAUCCUAAAUUUGAUAAGGCUUUCAAGCACGUAUUUGGCAAGACCCUUAUUUGUCGUAGCAUGGAAGUCUCGACUCAGCUGGCCCGGGCUUUUACAAUGGACUGCAUCACUUUAGAAGGUGACCAGGUGAGCCAUCGAGGUGCUCUGACAGGAGGUUACUAUGACACCAGGAAGUCCAGGCUGGAACUGCAGAAGGAUGUGAGGAAAGCUGAGGAAGAACUCGGUGAACUGGAAGCCAAGCUGAAUGAAAACCUGCGACGAAAUAUUGAAAGGAUCAAUAAUGAGAUUGACCAGCUAAUGAACCAGAUGCAGCAGAUUGAGACACAACAAAGGAAGUUUAAGGCCUCCCGUGACAGUAUCCUCUCUGAGAUGAAGAUGUUGAAGGAAAAAAGGCAACAGUCGGAGAAAACCUUCAUGCCAAAGCAACGUAGCUUGCAGAGCUUGGAGGCGAGUUUGCAUGCCAUGGAGUCAACACGCGAGUCGCUGAAAGCAGAGCUGGGUACUGACCUCCUGUCACAGCUGAGUCUGGAGGAUCAGAGACGAGUCGAUGAUCUUAAUGAUGAGAUUCGCCAGCUUCAGCAGGACAACAGGCAGUUGUUAAAUGAAAGAAUAAAACUUGAAGGUAUAAUAACCAGAGUGGAAACUUAUCUCAAUGAAAAUUUGAGGAAACGUCUGGACCAAGUUGAACAGGAAUUGAAUGAGUUAAGAGAGACAGAAGGUGGCACUGUACUUACAGCUACCACAUCGGAAUUGGAGGGUAUUAACAAACGCAUCAAGGAUACCAUGGCACGCUCAGAAGACUUGGAUGGGCUCAUUGACAAAACUGAAAUUGAGAUUAAGGACCAUCUGAAGAGCAUGGAGCGCUGGAAGAAUAUUGAAAAAGAGCAGAAUGACGCAAUUAAUCAUGACACCAAGGAGCUGGAGAAGAUGACGAACCGGCAGGGUAUGCUGCUGAAGAAAAAGGAGGAAUGCAUGAAGAAGAUUAGGGAGCUUGGGUCCCUUCCACAAGAGGCCUUUGAGAAGUACCAGACUCUCACUCUCAAACAGCUGUUUCGUAAACUGGAGCAGUGCAACACUGAGCUUAAAAAGUACAGCCAUGUCAAUAAGAAAGCUUUGGACCAGUUUGUGAACUUCUCUGAACAGAAAGAGAAAUUGAUUAAGAGGCAAGAGGAACUGGAUCGGGGCUACAAGUCCAUCAUGGAACUGAUGAAUGUUCUUGAGCUGCGCAAAUAUGAAGCCAUACAACUGACUUUUAAACAGGUGUCAAAGAAUUUCAGCGAAGUUUUCCAAAAGCUGGUCCCAGGUGGUAAGGCCACCCUGGUGAUGAAGAAAGGAGAUGCAGAGGGAAGCCAGUCCCAGGACGAGGGAGAAGGAGGGGGUGACAGCGAGAGAGGAUCGGGCUCACAGAGCAGUGUGCCAUCAGUAGACCAGUUCACUGGAGUAGGAAUAAGGGUGUCGUUCACCGGGAAGCAGGGUGAAAUGAGGGAGAUGCAGCAGCUCUCUGGAGGACAGAAAUCCUUGGUUGCUCUUGCUCUCAUCUUUGCCAUUCAGAAAUGUGAUCCUGCUCCUUUCUACCUUUUUGAUGAAAUUGACCAGGCCCUGGAUGCCCAGCACAGAAAGGCUGUAUCUGAUAUGAUUGUGGAAUUAGCAGGGCAUGCCCAGUUUAUCACAACUACUUUCAGACCUGAACUUCUCGAGUCUGCUGAUAAAUUUUAUGGAGUCAAGUUCCGCAACAAGGUGAGUCACAUUGAUGUAAUCUCCGCUGAGCAGGCAAAGGACUUUGUGGAGGAUGAUACCACGCACGGAUAAGAAACUGGACAUCCCAGCCUGCAAUUCGCUCUGUACCUGGCUUUAUGUACUGCAGUCCAAUAGAAUGCACUGCUUGCUUUGCUUGACUUGUUAGUUGUACAGUUCUUUAUUUACUGUUUUCUGUACUUGGUUUCUUUAAAGAUAACUGCUGUGAAGACAAAUACUUUUAUGUAUUCAGGGAUGUCCUGUUUUAGAAGUUCAUGGAUAGUUUUGUAUACAUCUUCAUAGAUUUCAAGUUUUGGAUCUGGGAAAACAUAUUUGGAAGAAAAAAAAUAAAUGGAAACCUUCGCAGUCUGUGUUUUUGUUGAGAUUUUUCCACAGCCCCGACAUACUUUUAAUGUGCAGUUCCUGUAAAUUUUUAUAUUAAACAUUUUUUGUACUUGCAGUUACAGUCCUUUUGGAAACAUUACUCUCAUUUUUAAUUUUGUUGACUAUGCUAUUUACCUUUUCCCAUUUUAAGUCAUUUCAAUAAAAUAUAACCUGUUUUAGUGCAUAAGUGUGUUAAUGCAUUUUUUAUCUAACUUAUGGUUUCACAUGUUGCAUUAGAUGAAAUAAAAAAAUCUGAAAACCUCUUGAA